GGACUGAACGGCGAUGACUUGCAAGGUUGACACAUCGUCUAAUGUAACUAUAUCUGAAGAAGAGGCCGCUCUGUAUGAUAGGCAGAUUCGUCUCUGGGGAGUGGAAGCCCAGAACCGUCUCAAGUGUUCAAGAAUUGUACUCCUCGGCAUGAAUGCGCUUUCUUCUGAAGUUGCGAAAAAUUUGGUUUUGGCUGGCGUUGCCAGUCUUUUUAUUAUUGACGAUGACAUCGUCUCGGAAGAGGAUGUUUCAUCCAAUUUUCUUAUAUGCUCGGACUCAGUUGGAGAGAUCAAAUCAGCUGCUUCUGUCCAGCGAUUGCAGUCUCUCAAUCCGAUGGUCAAAGUUCAAGCGAUAACAUCGGUCUCUUAUAAUGAAACUAUCUCCAACUCGCAGGACUACGAUGUCGUUAUUUUAGCAUCUAGUCCGUUGAAAGACGAUAUAGUUCGGUGGGAGAGUGUGGCCGUCACUCUAGCUAGGGUUUCAAAGGAAUCAUCGAGUCCUCUUAUUAUAUUCCUUUCGAGUAUACACUUGUUCGGUGUAGUCUUUAUUGACUUAUCACUGCACCACUUCAUAGCUGAAGAAGUUGUUCUGAAAAAGCGGCCUUCAGGCACACCGGGAUUCGACUCAAAAAGUGCAGACAGAACAGAAACCGUACUUGUGAAAAAGGUACUACCACGUUGGUUUUGUGCUAGUGUUUUUAUGUUUCUCAUGUCGUUUUUCACCACGGGUCCAUACUGUAAUCGCUCACGUUGGCCGGACGUGGUCACUUUUCGCUCGUUCAUGCAUUGAGAUCAGACUUGAUCUUAACGAGGCUUGAUUCCUUGCGUAUCUCCUUGUGCCAGCUUCAUCUUCUCUAUUGAACUUCGAUCCCACAGCUUUCAGAAUAUUUUCACGAUACCAGCGAAGAUCCUCGGAGACACCUCUCUAUUUAAUAC